CUUGUGAGGUUGGUUUUAGGGUUUUUUUAAGUGAUAAAGAAUGGGGAAUAGUGGAGAUUUGGAGCAGGCUCUGCAAGAUGGGAAUAUCUUUAGACAGCUCAAUGCUCUCAUUGUAGCUCAUCUCCGUCAUCACAAUCUCUCACAAGUUGCAAGUGUGGUUGCAUCAGCAACGAUGACACCAUUGUAUAUUGAGGUUCCUCCAAACCGUCUUCUAGAGCUUGUUGCAAAGGGUCUUGCAGCGGAGAACAAUGGGACAUUGAGAGGUGUUUCUUCCUCAGUCUUGUUACCUUCUUCUUAUGGAUCAAUCACUACUCCUCGAACAGCUUCUAUCGACUUCAGUGUUACUCAUGCGAAGGGGUCAUCAAAGACUAUCCCAAAGCAUGAAUCAAAGACGCUAUCAGAGCAUAAGAGCGUUGUUAGGUGUGCAAGAUUUAGUCCUGAUGGAAUGUUUUUUGCAACUGGCGGUGCAGACACAUCAAUUAAGCUCUUUGAGGUGCCAAAAGUUAAACAGAUGAUUUCAGGAGAUACUCAAGCUCGACCAUUAAUACGUACUUUUUAUGAUCAUGCUGAACCCAUAAACGAUCUUGAUUUCCACCCUCGAAGCACAAUCCUAAUAUCUAGUGCCAAAGACAGCUGUAUAAAGUUUUUCGACUUCUCCAAAACCACGGCUAAACGAGCAUUCAAAGUUUUUCAGGAUACCCAUAAUGUGCGCUCUGUAUCUUUUCAUCCGUCAGGAGAGUUUCUUCUUGCAGGAACCGAUCAUCCAAUUCCACAUCUGUACGAUGUAAACACAUAUCAGUGCUUUCUUCCUUCAAACUUCCCAGACAGUGGAGUAAGUGGAGCCAUUAACCAGGUGCGAUAUUCUUCCACGGGAUCCAUCUACAUUACAGCCUCAAAGGAUGGAGCUAUUCGACUCUUUGACGGGGUUAGCGCAAAGUGUGUUCGCUCCAUUAGCAAUGCACAUGCAAAAUCAGAGGUCACAAGCGCAGUGUUCACUAAGGAUCAAAGGUUUGUUCUCUCAUCCGGUAAGGAUUCUACAGUUAAGUUAUGGGAAAUAGGCUCAGGCCGAAUGGUAAAGGAAUAUCUUGGAGCAAAGCGGAUAAAACUGCGGUCUCAGGCAAUCUUUAACGACACUGAAGAGUUUGUAAUCUCCAUAGAUGAAGCAAGCAAUGAGGUCGUUACAUGGGAUGCUAGAACCGCAGAUAGAGUGGCAAAGUGGCCUUCUAACCAUAACGGUGCACCACGGUGGAUUGAGCACUCGCCAGUUGAAUCAGUCUUUGUUACUUGUGGAACAGACAGAUCAGUCCGGUUCUGGAAGGAAUCCGUUUAGAAGAAAACCCAAUCAAUCGAUGUAGUGUUU